AUGACCUCUAAUACAACCACUUCUCAGGAUAAGUUGAACGAACUUUUGGAAGGCAUUAGAAUAGAAUUCAACAAUGUCGCCACUGAGGCAAACACCUAUCGGCUACAAAAUCAAAAGGACUAUGAAAUUAAAGUGAAUCAACAAUUGGCAGAGAUGCAACAAAUUAGAAAUACUGUCUAUGAAUUGGAAUUGACUCAUAGAAAACAUAAAGAUUCGUAUCAAGAAGAAAUAAAUAGAUUGAAAUUGGAAAUUGCCCAAAAGGAUCAACAAAUCGCAGCUUUAAGUUCCCAACAACAACAACAGCAGCAACAUGUCCAACAGCAACAAGCCCAACAACAGCAACUUCAACAACAACAAGCGCAGCAGCAGCAACAAGCACAGCAGCAACAACAGCAACAGCAACAGCAGCAACAAGCUAAUGCUGCUAAUGCUGCCAAUGCUGCAUCUCCUCCUGCUGUUGGAAAUGCAAAUUUUCAACCUCAACAACCAAAUGUUCAAGCUAAUGGAAACAUGACGCUGCAUCCGCUCAUAAGCGCGUUAGGUUCUCAAUUACCUCCAGUAUCUGCACCUGUUAUUCAACCUGGUUCCACGAGCGCCCAACCGCAAGCACAAGGCCAAAUGCAAAAUUCUCCAACUGUUGCUCCAUUAAUCCCAUCCGUUCCAACUCAACCAUUCCCUAAGGUAGUCCCAGUUGCUAAUGCUGCAGCAAUGGGUAAUGCCACCCCAGCAGCUGUAACUACAGCUACUACAACACCUGCUAAUGCUAAUGCUGCAACAACUAGUCCAAUUGCUUCCUCUACAGUCUCUCAAGCUCCUACUGCAGCUACUACCAAUACUACUACUAUUGAAAACAAUUCCAAUACUUUACCAGCUAUAUCUACUUCAAACCAAUUACCUGCAGUUACAUUCCCAACAGGUACAAAUACAAAUGAAUUAUCACCUACUAAUGCUGUGAUACCUCCAAUUAAUGAACAAAAAAUCGAAGCCAAACAAGAACAAGAAACAAACGCAGUAGCAGCAUCACCAACUACCACUACUAUUGCCGCUACUACGACUAAAGAUGAGGAAACUACAUCACCAAUAGAAGAUACCAAACCAGUCACAACAACAACAACAACAACCAUAGAUCAAAAUCAACCACAACAAUAUCUAGUCCCAUUCGAACAAAGAGCUAGUCAAUUAAAACCAAUCCCACCAUUCUUAUUAAACUUAGACACUCAUCAAUUCCCAUCCAAUUUGAAAAAGCAAACUGAAGAUUAUCACGUCCUUUUCAACCCAGCAUUACCACGUACUUUGGACGUCGAAUUACAUAAAUCAUUAGACCAUUCCUCUGUAGUAUGUUGUGUUAAAUUUAGUUAUGACGGUGAAUUCUUAGCUACAGGUUGUAACAAGACCACUCAAGUAUAUAGAGUAUCCACUGGUGAAUUAAUUGCCAAAUUAUCUGAUGAUAACGUUAAAUUGGAUUCUAAUUCCACCUCCACUGAUUUAUACAUCAGAUCAGUUUGUUUCUCUCCAGAUGGGAAAUUCUUAGCUACAGGUGCUGAAGAUAAAUUAAUUAGAAUUUGGGAUAUUCAAGAGGGUAAAAUUGUAAUGGUCUUAAAGGGUCACGAACAAGAUGUUUACUCAUUGGAUUAUUUCCCCGAUGGACAAAAAUUAGUCUCUGGAUCUGGUGAUAGAACCGUUAGGAUAUGGGAUUUACGUACAGGUCAAUGUUCUUUGACUUUAUCCAUUGAAGAUGGUGUCACUACUGUUGCCGUAUCCCCUCAUGAUGGAAGAUUUAUCGCUGCUGGUUCUUUAGAUCGUGCUGUGAGAGUUUGGGAUUCUACCACGGGGUUCCUAGUGGAAAGAUUGGAUUCUGAAAAUGAAUUGGGGACUGGUCAUCAAGAUUCCGUUUAUAGUGUUGUCUUCACAAGAGAUGGGAAUGAAGUCGUUAGUGGGUCCUUAGAUAAAUCUGUCAAAUUAUGGAAUCUAGGUAAUGAUGUUAAUUCAAAUAAUAAUGGUAAUGAUUCAUCUUCAAAUGGUACUAAUAAUAAUAAUAAUAGUAAUAGAGCUAGUAAUGGUACUUCUGCUACUUGUGAAGUAACAUAUGUUGGUCAUAAAGAUUUCGUCUUAUCUGUCACCACGAGUCAAAAUGAUGAAUAUAUCUUGUCGGGCUCUAAAGAUCGUGGUGUAUUGUUUUGGGAUAAAAAAUCCGGUAAUCCAUUAUUGAUGUUACAAGGUCAUAAAAAUUCAGUCAUAUCUGUAGCUGUAGCGAAUGGAUAUCCAUUAGGUCCAAAAUACAAUGUUUUCGCUACUGGUAGUGGUGAUUGCAAGGCAAGAAUUUGGAAAUAUUCAACCAUAACAUCAGGGGAUGUCGACAAAAUUAAAGAAGUUGAGAAUUAA